CCGUAGCCGUAUGAUGCCAGUGAAAAUAGGAAGUGUUUUUGCAGCACUUUUCAGUUUCUCGGCGGAUGUUUAGGUCUUCAUAAAACAAACAAACAAAAAAAAAACUGGGUGAGAAAUAAGCAACGUUUUCACACAGACUAUGUCUCAGGAUCCCUGGCUGCAGAAUUACGAUGCUACUUGUCGUCUUGCCCAAGAAAUUGCGGAAAAUAUUCAUGAGAGGAAUAGGCAACAGAGGACUGGUGGCAACCCAGCGAAGAUGAACAUGACGCUUAGAGCCUCCCUGCAGAAACUCAAGCAGCAGAUUGUCCAACUCAGGGAGACUUUGCUGAGAGCAGCAUCUUCGCGCCGAAUUAUGCAGUCUGAAGCAGACAGAAGGCAGAACCUUGUGGAUGACCUGGUCACGCGGGAAAAGCAGCUCAAUUCCAUAUUCAGAGGGGAUGCAGCAGAGCCCUCGAGGUCGAGCCUGAUGACGGGGGGCGGGGCUCAGGGCCCACCGACCAAUCCGUGGCUGAUCGAUGAGCCGGAGGAGACGCGGGGCCUCGGCUUCGGGGAGAUCAAGCAGCAGCAGCAGCGUAUUAUCGAAGCCCAAGAUGCUGGACUGGAUGCCUUGGCCGUCGUCAUCACCCGGCAGAAGCAGAUGGGCCAGGAGAUCGGAAAUGAGCUGGACGAACACAACGAAAUCAUCGAUGAUCUGGCGCACUUGGUGGACAAAACAGACGGCAGGAUCCGCAACGAAUCCCGCAGGGUCAAGCUGGUGGAAACCAAGGCAUCUUCCUGUGGAAUGCUGGUGGUCAUCAUCCUGCUCCUGAUCGCCAUUGUGGUGGUAGCGGUAUGGCCCACCAGCUAACGGGAACUGACCCCAGCGCUCAACGGCAGCACGGAAGGUCUCCACACGCGAGCGUCACUGUCACUGCGACGGGAGGAUGGGGAAGCAGAUCCCCCUGCGCACACACACACACACACCAUCUUAUCCCCGUAAUAUGCUUCUCGUCCUGUUUUCUUGAAUUUUCUUUUCCCAUUUUCAAUGUGAAUGUGAGGCAGCGUUUUCAGAAAGGCUGGAUAAAAAGCAGAUUCGGAUCGUUCCGGAGCGGAAAGCGGGAAUGAGCUGCUGACCUCCCACGUUUCCAAGAACUGUUUAUCUCCAAGACACGACUGCACUCUGCAUCAGCGUCGCAAUUAAUGCACCAGGGGGGUCUUGUUGGGCUGCUUACAAUUUAGUAGCCCAACCCCAACCAACGACUUAGGGCCCCUGGUGCAAAUUACUUGUCAGUAAUAAUAAUUUGUGAUUUAGCAAUAUUCAUUAAUAUUUACUCUCGAUGCCUGUAUGUAGUCUCUCCUAGAAUGUCAUGCUUAUAAAAUCAAUAGAAGCAAAGCAAAUAACGAUUAUGUGUUGCUAAUAUACCCGUUUCCUUCGUGUUAAAUUAUCUUAACUGUAAUUUGUAAUAAAUGACACCGACUGUAAGCUGCUCUGCAUAGGGCAAUAUGAAAACGUCGUAAAUUUAAAUAAAGGCAAAAAAAAUGUUUUUGCA